GUCCUUGAUCACCUUGAUGACCACCUGAAGAGAUCCCAAUACUUCCGAUUCCUGUGGUUCCCUCACAGUGAGAACGUCAGUGUCAUCUACCAGGAUCCUACCAACAAGCCCCCCUCUUCCUCUGCCAACUGGUUGUGGGACUAUGCUGUUGGCUACUACUUGCUGGAGUUUCUGCUCUGGAUCAGCACUUUUGUGCCCAGCUUGGUGUGCUGGAUCAACCGCUUCUUCUUCUGGCUCCUCUUCAGUUCCCGGGUGGAGAACAUCGCCAUCAGCUACAAGAUCUUCAAUUACGAGUGUCGCUUCAAGCAGCAUGUUCAAGAUUGGGCCAUCCCCAUUGAGAAGACAAAGGAAGCCUUGUUGGAGCUGAAAGCUGCUUUGGAGAACAACCCCAAGAUGGUGGCUCAUUACCCUGUGGAGGUGCGCUUUGCUCGUGGGGAUGAGAUCUGGUUGAGUCCUUGCUUCCAGCGAGACAGCUGCUACAUGAACAUCAUCAUGUACAGACCCUACGGGAAGAACGUCCCUCGCCUCAACUACUGGCUGACCUAUGAAGGCAUCAUGAAGAAGUAUGGUGGGAGACCACACUGGGCAAAGGCCCACAGCUGCACUAGGAAGGACUUUGAGAAGAUGUACCCAGCCUUUCCCAAAUUCUGCUCCAUCCGGGAGAAGCUGGACCCCACAGGGAUCUUCCUCAACACCUACCUGGAAAAGGUGUUUUACUGAAAAGGCCAAUGUAGAGGAUGGAGGAAAAAAAUCAACCAUGACUCCCAGUUCUUGGGACAUCCCAAAGCUCCUGGUCCUCUGUGGUCCCAAGGUGCUGCACCUCCAGC